AAGAACAAGACUGAAGAGAUGAGACUUCAACUGGAGAACAAGACUGAAGAAGUGGAUAAACUGACGGUUGAUAACAAGAAGCUUGAAGAGGAGAAGGAACUACUGCAGAAAAUAAAAGCUGAGUUGGAAAACCAAGUGGCUGCUUCCAAGAAUUCCUUUCUUUCUCGGUUCUCAUCAAAUCCCAACAAGCAGCAGAAGAUGGAAGUUGAGUCAGUGAAGCAGGAGUUAGAGAAGCAGAUGAAACAUGGAAAGGACCAGGCAGAAAAAUUCCUGAAGGAAAUAGAGGAGGUCACAAAGAAGAACAAAGAGUUGGAGAAGAAGCUCAAAGAGGAGGAGAUGAAAAGAGAAUCGGCUGAGAAAGAACUAGAGCAGCUGAGGAAGAAACUGGACAUCAAGGAGAUCCACCAACAGGAAGCUGAAAUGAAGCGGAAGGAGAUCAGUGAAGAACUGGAAAACCAAAGAGUUGAACUGGAGAACAAGACUGUAGCUCUGGAUCAGACUAAGAGACACGCAGAUGACCUUCUGGCUGAGAACAGGAAACGUGAACAGGAGAUAUGGAAGCUGCAGGAGGAGAACAAAUCCAUAAGGAUGAUAAAAGCCAUGCUGGAUGACAAGUUAGAGGAGCAGAUCAACCAGAAAGAAAAAUACCUGAAGGAAAUAGAGGAGGUUACAAACAAGAACAAAGAGUGGGAGAAGAAGCUCAAAGAAGAGGAGAUGAAAAGAGAAACGGCUGAGAAAGAACUAGAGGAGCUGACGAGGAAACUGAACAUCAAGUCAGAGGAAAUCAAACCUGAACAAACACAUCUUCACAAUUCUCUGGCAAAUCUGAAUGGCGGCAGCUCAGACAGUCAGGAGACGUCAGGAGACAUCACUGUGGAGGUUGAUCCCAACAACAACUUUAUCUGUCUGAGAAACGAGUCUGAUCAGGACAAACCACUGGGAGGACGUCAGUUAAAAGUCCAGAUCAACAAUAAAAAACUCGUCACAUACACAUUUAAACCAUCAAUGGAACUCAAGACUGGAAAGUCUGUUACUUUGUGGCGUCCAGGCUGUGAUGAGGGUUUUACUAUAGCUGGUGACCUGGUGUGGAAGGACCUGAAGUCCUGGAAGUCUGGAGACAGAGUCCAGGCCUCUCUGCAGUGAAAUAGUUGCCAGUUUUUUUUGUUUAGAAAACUCUUGGCUCCAUUUUGUUGGAUUUGUAAAGUUUUAUGUGAAUAUUGAUUUGCUUAAAAGACUUUUACAGGACGAGAUCACUAUUUUAGAUUCUAUGUAACAAGUCUCCUUGUUUUCUCCGAUCAACAGAGGAAAAUCCAGAUGUUUAGUUUAAACCAGAAAUCAAUCUAUCUACUCUCUCACACAUUUUGUUUUUGCGUUUUACAUUUUCUAUUCAAAUAAACAAGUCAAAUGUGUCAAAUUGUUUAUCAUAAACUAUCUUAGAUUUCAUCAGAAUAAAACUUCUUCAGUCAGAUCAGA